AUUUCGUAGUUCCACUCGCAACCGCCAGUUAGCUCGAGUGGAAGAAACUCUCCCAAAAUGGCGUCGACGGCAUCCUGCAAUUGCGCGGUAGCUGCGAUUCCCGCCAUUCCUUCCUCUUCUUCGCUUCCUUAUCGGCUGGGAAUCAGCAAACUGCGUCUCUCGUCGCUUCCAUCUCACAAAUUUCCCGCUCGGCUGUGCGGGAACAGUUCUCGUAACCGAUUUCAUGUGAAGUCCAGCUAUGCAGGUACAAAUGUAAGGGAUGGUUUGGAAUCAAUUGAUGUUGUAGCUGAUAUCAAAACUGAGAAGGUUGUAGUCUUGGGAGGCAGUGGUUUCGUUGGUUCUGCAAUCUGCAAGGCUGCUGUUGCAAAGGGUAUUGAUGUUGUAAGCCUAAGCAGGUCAGGGCGUCCGACUUUGCCUGGUUCAUGGGUGGAUCAAGUUACUUGGGUACCAGGGGAUGUUUUCUAUGCUAACUGGGAUGAAGUACUCCCAGGAGCCACUACAGUGAUCUCAACUCUUGGAGGGUUCGGGAAUGAGGAACAGAUGCAAAGGAUCAAUGGAGAGGCCAAUAUUGUAGCAGUAAAUGCUGCAAAAGACUACGGAGUCCCCAAGUUCAUCUUGAUAUCAGUCCACGAAUACAACCUCCCAUCAUUUCUCCUCUCAUCCGGAUACUUCACCGGGAAAAGGAAAGCAGAGUCCGAGGUUCUUUCCAAAUAUCCAAGCUCAGGAGUGGUGCUGAGACCGGGAUUCAUCUAUGGGAAAAGAAGAGUGGAUGGACUUGAGGUCCCUCUGGAUUUAGUAGGGGAGCCAUGGGAAAAGGCUUUGGGAGCUGUUAGCAACUUGAUUAGACCCUUGAGUUCUCUUCCGGGAUCUGAUUUGGUAUUGGCAUCACCUGUCAGCGUCAAUGAUGUUGCACUUGCUGUGAUCAAUGCUAUUGGGGAUGACGAUGUUUUUGGUGUGCUCACGAUCGAACAGAUCAAGGAAGCUGCUGCUAAAGUCAAAAUAUGAGGAGUAAAUAGAGAAGCAAACCAAGGAUGAAGGAACUGAAUGACCCAUAUAAAGUUGCUGGGGGUAGAAAAAUGUAAGGUGGAUUUUUGUUGAGACUGUACAAAGAAUCCAACUUUAUCAGUUAAUGAAAAGCAGUAGUAUUCUCAAAAUUUCGUAC